AUGUUUUCACCAUUUGUUGACGGUAUGCAUCCACAUCAACAUUUUCCACUUAUGCAAUUGCCUGAUCGGCAACAAAUGCAAAUAUCAAAUGGUUAUCAUCCACAACAAGCUCAACUAUCGCACAUGAUGCCACAACCACAGCAAGUUCAUCAUUUGAUUCAACAAUCAUCAGCAGUGUCAUCACAAAACCGUGAUCACCAUCAACACUCUCAUACGCCUAAAGAAAUGAAUAAACCAAAAGGUCGAAUGAGUGCAUACACAUUUUUUGUACAAAAAUGCCGAGAUGAACACAGAAAAGCGUAUCCAAAUGAGAAUGCAAAUUUUAGUGAAUUCUCAAAAAAAUGUGCUGAAAAAUGGAAGACUAUGACUGAUACUGAAAAGUCCAAAUUUGCUGCACAAGCUGAAAUAGAUAAACAGCGAUUUGAACGUGAAAUGGCUGUUUAUCAACCCGGUGAAAAACGAAAAAAGAAGAAAAAAGAUCCAUUGGCACCAAAACGACCAUUAUCGGCAUUUUUUCAUUAUUGUAAAGAAGAACGUCCUAAAUUAAAAGCAGUAAAUCCAAGUUUAUCUGUUGGUGAAAUUGCCAAAGAAUUAGGUGAUCGAUGGAAUCGUACGGCACCUGAUGGUAAAUCAAGUUAUGAAGAAUCUGCGCAGCGAGAUAAGGAGAGAUAUGAAAAAGAAAUGAAUGAUUUUAGAUUAGCUAAUAAAAAGGCUGCUAAAUCAAAUUCAUCAUCUCAGGCAUUAACACAACAAAAAACACAUCACUCCGAUCAACAAGUCAGAAUACAUCAAGAUUCACAACAACAACAACAACAACAACAACAACAACAACAACAGCAACAACAGCAGCAGCAGCAGCAACAACAGCAGCAGCAGCAGCAGCAGCAACAACAACAACAGUACUCUUCUGUACCAUACCAAUUACCGCCAUUUAAUCCGAUGCAAUCUUUUCAACCACAAGCUUUUGCUCAAAUGAACAAUUUCCAAGAUAAUGGGUUGGCAGCUUCGCUUUUUCCUCAUUAUAAUGGCUACUCGUUACAAAUGCCACAUAACAAUGUUCAAAUGCAACAAUUUCAAGCAUUACAACAACAACAAUUACAGCACCUCCAACAUCAGACCUAUCAAACAUUAACAACAGCUAAUGCAAAUUCAGCGAGUAAUAAUAACAAUACUAAUAAUCAUAAUAAUGGUGAACAACACGAUGAUGAUGAUGAUGAUGAUGAUGACAAUGAUGAAUCUGACAAUGACGAUUAA